AUGCAUGCACUCGUAGCUUCAGUUCUUUUGGGCCUUGCCGCCGCUCAAACCCCCAAGGGUAACCCCGACAACCACCCAAGGCUCACGACAUAUAAGUGUACCAAGGCUGGAGGCUGCGUACAGCAGAACACCGCUCUUGUUCUUGAUUCUGCAUCUCAUUGGAUCCAUCAGACCAACGACACUACCAAGGGUUGUGGUAACUGGGGAAGUCCCGCAGAUCCCACUGCUUGCCCCGAUGAGGAGACUUGCGCCAAAAACUGUGUGAUCAACGGUGUGGCUGACUAUGCCGACAAUGGUGUUACCACCUCUGGAAGCAGCGUCAAGAUGGAGAUGCAAGGCAAAUAUGGCGUCGCUAGCCCUCGUAUCUACCUUCUUGCUGAGAACAAGGAGAAGUACGAGAUGCUCCAAUUGACUGGCCAGGAGAUCAGCUUCGACGUCGAUGUCUCCAAGCUUCCAUGCGGAAUGAACGGAGCUUUCUACCUCUCUGAGAUGAAAGAGGAUGGUGGCAGGAGCAAAUUGAACCCCGGAGGUGCCACUUGGGGAACCGGCUACUGCGAUGCUCAGUGCUUCACUACUCCCUGGGUUGAGGGUGUUGGAAACAUCAAGGGAGAUGGUGUCUGCUGCAACGAGCUCGACAUCUGGGAGGCCAAUGCUCGCGCCACCCAUCUAGCUCCUCAUCCUUGCAGCAAGCCUGGCCUCUACCGCUGCACCGGUGACGAGUGCGGUUUCGAAGGUGUUUGCGACAAGGACGGGUGCGGAAUGAACCCCUACAAGCACGGAGUCGACAAGAGCUAUUACGGCCCUGCUGGAUCCAAGGUGAACACCAACAAGCCUUUCACCGUCGUCACCCAGUUCCCCGAGAAGGAUGGCGUCCUCCAGGAAAUCGUCCGUUACUACAUCCAAGACGGAAAGGUCAUCGAGAACAACUCCGUCAACGUCACCGGCCCCAUUGACGAUGCUUUCUGCGAGGCUGCCGGCCAGAAAGACGGUGCUCGCAUCUACAAGAAGCUCGGUGCUACCAAGGGCAUGGGCGAGUCCAUGUCCCGCGGUAUGGUUCUUGCUCUCUCCAUCUGGUGGGAUGAGGGCGGUUUCAUGAAGUGGCUCGACAGCGGAUCUGCUGGACCUUGCAAUGCCACCGAGGGUGACCCCAAGGUCAUCGCUGGUAUUGAGCCCAACCCUACUGUUGUCUUCAGCGAGAUCAAGUGGGGCGAUAUCGGAUCGACCUUCAAGAACAGCACUGUUCUGCUCAACCGAUGGAGGCGCUCUACCCACUACUAA